AUGCUAACACUCCCAUUUGAUGAGUCUGUUGUAAUGGCAGAGCCCCAGAUGUGCAGAAAGUUUUCCAGAGAAACUGAGGACCAAAAGCAAACUAAGAAACCAGAAAGCUUUUCGAAGCAGAUUGUGCUCCGAGGGAAACACAUCAAAAGGGGCCCUGGAGAAGAAACAGAGAAAGAAGAAGAGGAGGAUGACAGAGAAGAGGAAGAUGAGAAUGGGUUGCCCAGAAGGAGAGGCUUGAGGAAAAAAAAGACCACCAAGAUCAGAGUGGAAAGGGUCAAGUUCAGGAGGCAGGAAGCCAAUGCCAGAGAAAGAAACCGGAUGCAUGGCCUCAAUGAUGCCUUGGACAAUUUAAGGAAAGUGGUCCCCUGCUAUUCUAAAACACAGAAACUGUCUAAAAUUGAAACUUUACGUCUGGCCAAAAACUACAUUUGGGCCCUUUCGGAGAUUUUGCGAAUUGGCAAGAGGCCGGACCUGCUCACGUUCGUCCAGAACUUGUGCAAGGGACUCUCCCAGCCAACAACAAACUUGGUGGCAGGCUGCCUACAGCUCAACGCCAGGAGUUUCCUGAUGGGUCAGGGUGGUGAGACGACCCACCACACAAGGUCACCGUACUCCAGCUUCUAUCCACCCUACCACAGCCCUGAGCUCAGCACACCCCCAGGCCAUGGAACUCUGGAGAAUGCCAAGUCUAUGAAGCCCUACAAUUACUGCACUGCUUAUGAGUCCUUCUAUGAGAGCACAUCCCCAGAGUGUGCCAGCCCUCAGUUUGAAGGCCCCUUAAGUCCUCCCCCAAUUAACUAUAAUGGGAUAUUUUCCCUGAAGCAAGAAGAAGCCUUGGACUAUGGCAAAAAUUACCAUUAUGGCAUGCAUUACUGUGCUGGGCCACCCAGGGGUCCCCUUGGGCAGGGUUCCAUGUUUCGGUUGCCCACAGACAGCCACUUCCCUUACGACUUACAUCUGCGCAGCCAAUCUCUCACCAUGCAAGAUGAAUUAAAUGCAGUUUUUCAUAAUUAA